AUGGCAACAUAUUAUUCUAUUGCAUUAUAUUUGCAAGUGCUUUCGUUUCUUAUAGUGACAUUUGGAAUAAUUAAAGUUUCAACCGAAUCACAUAAAGAAUUCAAUAUUACACAGCUGCUCGAAAUAGUACAAGCAGAAUUUGACUUUACUAUCGCGAACGAAGGCGUAAAGGGAAAUUUCUCAGAAUUACACGAUUGGUCUUCUAGUAUUGCUAUAAAUUGUACAAAAGGAGAAGCUUUUCGUGUGUACGAAAAUUUGACAACGCCGGAUAACGCCAUAAAAUUAGCAAGUCAUAUCGAAAUACCUGAUGGACAAGGGGAUGUAUCAGGACAAUAUAUAUAUACGGCCUCAG